AUGCGUGUUCAAUUAGCCUGUCUCCAAAUUUCCCCUAGUGUUCAAUUAGCAUGUCUCCAAACUUCACCUAGUGUUCAAUUAGCCUGUCUCCAAAUUACCCCUAGUGUUCAAUUAGCCUGUCUCCAAACUACCCCUAGUGUGCAAUUAGCCUGUCUCCAAACUUCCCCUAGUGUUCAAUUAGCCUGUCUCCAAACAACCCCUAGUGUUGAAUUAGCCUGUCUCCAAACUACCCCUAGUGUUCAAUUAGCAUGUCGCCAAACUUCCCCUAGUGUUCAAUUAGCCUGUCUCCAAAUUACCCCUAGUGUUCAAUUAGCCUGUCUCCAAACUUCCCCUAGUGUUCAAUUAGCAUUUCGCCAAACUUCCCCUAGUGUUCAAUUAGCCUGUCUCCAAACUACCCCUAGUGUUCAAUUAGCAUUUCGCCAAACUUCCCCUAGUGUUCAAUUAGCCUGUCUCCAAAUUUCCCCUAGUGUUCAAUUUGCCUGUCUCCAAACUACCCCUAGUGGAGUGGUUUGUAUCUAUCUAUCUAUCUAUCUAUCUAUCUAUCUAUCUAUCUAUCUAUCUAUGUAA